AUGUCUUCGAAAGCUCGGUCAACCCCUGUGGCAGACUCAAGGGACAGGCUCACCCUGUCUAGGCUGGCGAACUAUGACGAUGUAGCGACUGAUGCCCUCAUUGAUCGCGCAUAUUUCUGGACUACAAUUCGAAAGAAUCGUACCAAGUUCGCUCCUGGAAGAGGCAUCCUUGAAGAUGUCGUAACCAAAAUUCUUCUUCACAAGGUGAUUGUUGAAAAGAACCCACGCGCAGCUGAGCAAGAGCUUUUGGCUAUGAAAGGCCUCAAGAAAUACCUCGAUAGCUUGCCGAACGAUCGAGAGCGAGAAUGGUUUAAACGUCAUUUUCGAAAAUAUAUUCAUAUCUAUCUGCCGGACUGUCCAUUCGAGAUAUCGACUACGAAUCGGUAUACCAUUAUUGAGCAUGAGGCAUCUGUGGUAGCCCGUCGAAAUAUCAAGAAAGGCGAAGAAAUCAAAUACCUUUGUGGGACUCUGGUAUCAAUGACCCGCCAAGAAGAACUCGAUUUGGGCUUCAACCGGAAGGACUUUAGCAUUGUCAUGUCGAGCAGGAGGAAGAACCCAUCGUUGUUUCUAGGACCAGCACGUUUCGCAAACCAUGACUGCAACGCUAAUGGAAGGUUGUCGACGAGAGGAAACGACGGCAUGCAAGUCAUUGCUGCCCGUGAUAUAGAACUGGGAGAAGAAAUCACGGUAUCUUAUGGCGAAGACUACUUUGGUAUUGACAAUUGCGAAUGUCUUUGUGAGACAUGUGAACGUACAGUUCGGAACGGAUGGUCUCCGGCGGUGUCUGUGCCAACAAGUCUGGUCUCAACGCCUUUCCGAGACGCGGAAAUUGACCCAAGCAACCCAAAGAAAGAAAAUCAUGCAUCUCAGACGGUUCAACUCCCAGGAAAUGACGCUCAUGUGGCAACUGAAACUAUCACGAUGAGCGAAACGGAACACAACGGAAAGAGGAAAUUCAACAGUGACAGCGAUUCAGAGCUGUCCAGUCCAUCUACCCCCAACAAAAGAUUCAAAUUUGAGCAUCGGCAAUCGAAACUACGAGAGGAACUUCUUCUAUCUGAAGUCGCGGAGUCAAUCGAAAAAUCGCCUAUCCCAGUUACUGCGCAGGGGCCUCCCCAGCCAAUCCCGACACUGCAAAGUCCUCCUGACCAAACAAUUUCUACAGAUGCGGAGCAAAACACAGCAAGCUCUACUGAAAACGAUUCACCCUCAUAUUCUUCCGAUGAAAGUAAUCCAUCCAUAUCAACGCCGGCUACUUCUGUUUCUGGAAUCGCUCCCGAUAUCAAGAUAGAGUCAAUUGAAACGAGCACAGUGCCGGCGGUAUCCGGGUCCUCUUCGAUUCAACAGUCUCCCGGUAAAGACAUUACCAACAUUACAGACACGUCAAUCGCCCAAUCCUCUCAGAUAAGUGAGGUAAAUGAACGAAAAUCCAGAAGCAGAACCAGUACACCUCGUAAACGAGCCCUACCGUCCGUGGAGCAGGUGGAUAUCAUAGUGAACCGAGUCCCGGGUGACUACACGAGAACGGACAUGCUCUUGGCCCAGCGCUAUGAUCGAUGGGUAGAUUGCCGGACCUGUUCUGCGUGGUUCGUUCAAGAAAACGCAUAUCAAACCCGGAAAGAAUGCCCCCGCUGCGAACGCCAUUCAAAACUGUACGGUUACCGCUGGCCCAAGACUGACCCAGAGGGCUCUCCCGAUGAAGAUCCUCGCGUCAUGGAUCAUCGUACCGUGCAUAGAUUUUUAUCGGCCGAAGAAGAAGCCAAGGUUGAUCGUAAACAUCGCUCUGGCGUAGUGACACCGACGCCAACCCCAGAAAUCAUUCCAUUGGAUACUCGAAGCGAGACCGAGUUCAGUGAUUAUGAGGGCCGUCGUUUGACACGGGCCAGUCGGAUUCGUGCUCGUUCCCUUCGAUUGACUCAGUGA